UGGACGACGACGCAGGCACGCACCAGAAACCCAAAAAAUGCAUUUCGUUUUCUCUCUUCGCCUGCACUGUGUGGCUGCAGUAGUGCACACCUCGGGGUAUCAUGGACGGAGACGCGAGAAGCCGCUCCCUUACCUCCAGCGAUGACGCCAGUUCCGUAUCUUCAGAGGGCCUCCAACUACCGCGGACCCGCGCGGCCAGCGCCUCUCUCGCUGCCCCAGCGGGCAAGACUUCGCCUUCUCGAGGGCCCUCCAGACCCAAGAAGAAGAAGGUGUACGCGACGGUGCCCAAGCCGUUCAACCUGACGCUCCACUCUCGUGUCGAGGAGAGACAGCGUUUCAACAGCGUGCAGAAGGUGAAACAAGAGGAACAUGAAAAAUUAGUUAGGGAACGGGUGGAGAGAAGGCAGUGGGAAGAGGAAGAGGGGAGGAAGGAGAUGUGGAAGAAACAACGGUUCAAGGCCAAUAAGGUUCGCUCGUUCAAGCCAGUGUGCCCACAACCAUCUUCAAAGGUGUUGACCGUACCCGUUUCUCCUACUUUGAGAACGUCGAUGCUGGAGCAGAUGAGAAGAGCGAGAGAGGAGGGGAGAGAGGAGAGGGAGGAGAGGGAGGAGGAAGAUGAAGAGGAGUGGAGAGGGAGAAGGGGGUUGAACGAGGGGCAUCUCUACGGAACUGGUAGCAGCGGUGGACGGUCAGUCAGACCUUCACACGAGGCCUCAUAUACAGGUGGUGAUUGACCUGUCUCUAUUGCAACCAUAUAAUAUUGUAGCACUUAGAAAACCAUGAAAACCGAACAUCAUUAAUUAUCGGUGUUGCUAGAUUUUUCAUGCAUGCAUGGAUUUAUAAGUAAAACCCUGCAAAUGAAAGAUUCUCUCUCUCCUCUUCUCUUCUCUCUCCUGCCCUCUUUCUUCCCAGGAGUACGAUGGACCUCAUUUGAAUAACUUACAGGGAAACGGUAACCUAGACCACGACAAUGAAAUUGAGAAUGACAACAAAUCCGACAUGAAACUAUGCGAGGAAUCCGAAUCAGUGAAGAAAAUUACCAGAAUGAGUGACGUGACGGCAAUGGUGGCUUACUAUAUCAUCAUCUAUUUCACCGUGUAUCUGGUGUGUUCCUGAUAUAUUGGGGUAACCCUGGUGAUUAGAGAUUCAAAUUGGAAAAACACUCAGCAGUUGAUAUUCAAUUUUUCAUCAGUCACUAUUUUAGUCACAAACAUGCUCAGUGUAAACUAUUAUCAAAUUAUUUAUCAUCAUCU